AUGAACACAAAAGAAGUGGACAAGGCUAUUCAAAGCUCUGACCUGUUCAUAGUGCGGGAAUGUGAAGCUGGAGAUCUUGGGAAUUGCAUUCAAAGAAACAAUGUGGUUGAUUCGAAUCCUGUUACUGAAAAACAGGGGAUGAAUGCUUGGAAAAAGAAGGAUAAUAUAAAAGUGUGUGAACUUGAUUUCGGAAGCAAUUUUGUGAAUGAAGACAGAACUAUCAAACUACAUAUGGGAAAAGAGGUUGUUAACUCAAAUGGACUGAAAAAGUCUCUGGUUAUAAAGAUAUUUUGUCUUGGUUGGGUGCUUUGUGCCUUCGAGAAUCAGGAAGCUCUUGAAGAAAUAAUUGUUUCAGGUCCCUGGUACGUCAAUGGAAACAUAGUGGGAAUGGACAGAUGGUCAGCAACUUUCUCACCUAAUUCACUUCAAGGUCUUACAACCAUAAUUUGGAUCCGUUUGCCAAACCUUCCACUUCAAUGCUGGGAUGAAGUGAAUGUUUGUAGAAUUACUUCCAUGGUGGGGAUCCCUUAUUUGAUCGAUGGCAACAGGUUCCAGUGGUCCAAAAGAGAGUUCACAAGAGUUUUCGUGAGAAUCAAACUAGAUGAGAAGCUACCCAUGGGAAUUUGGGUUGAAGCAGAGCUGGGAAAAUUUUAUCAGAACAUUGAAUACAAAAUGCUGCCAACAUUUUGCUUCAUUUGUGGUAAGAUUGGCCACUUAAGGGAGGAAUGUUUGAAGAAAUCUUCAGCAAAUGAACCUAAUCCAAGAGAUGAAGACCCAAUCAGUGCAGGAUUAGAAGGAAAUGGAGAUGCCAGGAAAACUGUCAAAAAUAGAGUUAGCUAG